AUGGAACCCGAGAAUUUGACGGAGCUCAAAGCCGAGUGUUGGCGCGACAUUGGUAACAUGUAUGCCACUCGCUUGAAGUUUGCGCGUGCGUGCGCGGAGCGGCCUGAUGCAUGGGAAGAGGUGUGGCGUGGGGAGCGACGAAAGGCAGAUGACACAGGUGCUGCGGUGUCGCACGAGGGCACGAAACUCAGCUUCCGCGUGGCGGCUGACCGUGUUGAGCGGCCACCGGAGGGUGGCACUGGCACCAUCCUAUGGGACGACGUCUUCCCCGAGGUCGUGUACCUUGAAGACGAUGAAGCUCAGGAUAAUGUUCUGGCAGAAGAGCAUGAGGCUUCGCCUGAUUUCAAAGAAGAACAUGAGGAUCGAUGGCUCCAUUUGGGGCCCAAUGACAAGAUCUGCUUGCCCGUUCAUUUCAGGCUCCUGCAUGAACAUGUACAGCGCAGGAUGUGUCGGGCCAACACAGGCUUUCUGCAGCAACGGGGAGAGAUUCCCAAAGGAGCUGACAAGGCACAGUCGCCACCCUCUUGUAUCGGCACAUCAUUUGAAGCCGCGCGAGAGAUCUUCAAAAUGGCGAAUCAUUUCUUUGUCAUGGCAUUGGAGUACUUUCUACUGGACGGCUGGGUCACAGAACACGUCAGGAUACUUCAAGAGCUAUCCCAAAUGUAUCGCACGCUGCACUUCUGGGAGAAGGAUCCAAAGCGAUCCGCUGCCAUGCUGAAGCGGAGAGCCCGUGUCCUUGGCCCUCCCCGGUGUUCCUGA